GACCAUGGGCCUAAUCCAAUGGCAAAAGCUCAACUAGAUUUACUUUCAAGGCUUAUUGGUGGUGGGGAGAAAAAGACAACCAAAAAAUCGGAAUUCAGAUUAAAUUUAUUCACCACUGAUGCAGAGGAGGAGGAAGCGGCUGCACUAAGGCCAGCAGAGGAACCAGGGUCACAGGUUAUCAAUAUAGAUGCUACUAAGAAGCAACAAAAUCAAGAGCUAAAUAAGAUCAUGGGUGAGUUGAAUGUUGCCAGCGAUGACCAAGACAAUGGCGGUGGUGACGACUUACUGGACCUCAUGGACAGUGCAUGAUUUCAUAAGACUAAGGAGAAAUGAUUCUUCAGCAUAUGACAGUGUCUCUGGAUGUGGAUGGAAGGUGUAAGAUUUGAGGUGUUCAGGGACAGUGGUGGUUUCAAACAGCGUAUUCAUUCUUGCAAUACAUUCAAUUAAAACCAUAAACAUCAGAGUCAUUCUAGGAACACUGUUCAGCACUUAUUAUCUAUUAUUAGUAUUUUAUUAAUACAAUUCAAAAUGUAUGAUUUUCCGUAUUGUGUAGUUUCAUAUGGGUAUGCAGUUUUACUUCUGGGUAGAUUCCACAGGGUUUCAAUCUACUUAAUACUUGACACCAUUAAUUUCUGACAAUUGUAUUGUUGACAGUUGACAAAUAUUAUUAAAUGAAAGGGGAGAGUACAUUUAACAGUAGCUGUUAAUUGACUGUCUUGGGUUCUAUUUAUAUAUUGGACCCAGCCACCAUUUGCCUGUGUUGCAUUUGUAAAUUGUGAUAAUCCUACAGUGCCUACUAUGAAGUUAAGGACAUAUGGACAAGGUAUAACUGGUAUCAACAGAGGACAUCAUGUCUUUUCCCUAAAAUGAUAAUAAGAGAAUUUUGCUUUAAAUCAUGUUUUUCAGUCCACUGUUUCUUUCCCCUGGUCAGUUUAGAAAUAUAGAUACCGGUACUUUUUAUUCUUGGUAAAGGAUAACAAAUGAUGAUUGGAGGUUUUCUUUUCUUGCCAGUUUUCAAUUGUACACAAAAUUUUGAUUUGGUAAAAUUUCUAGGGCUAUUUGACUUGAGUUGAUCUUAAGUGUGAGCCCAGUCCAACAAUUAGUUUGAUAAUGUGAAGAGAGAGAGGUAGGUGUCUUUGUACCUAAAUGUUGAGUUUUUUCCCUUCUCUCUUUACAUUUGGCAGAACAAAAUAACAGUAUUAGAUAUUCUUAUUUAUCAAAAGUAUUAGGUUCUUUCAUAGAUUAAAGCAGCUGUUUUAAGUAUAUGAGAUCUGUUUUACAUUUAGGCACUAAUCAAGUGUCAGUUGACUUUUGUCCGUCCAAUAAUUUCAGAGGGUGUAAAUUUUUGACCAGUUAUAGGGCAUUUAAAUAUUAGAGCUUUUAGUUACUGUGUUUUGAUUGAACUUUUUUUAUUGCCACAAUUUGUAGAGUUUUAUUUAUUUCUUUAUUUUUAUUUUAAUAGCGUGUGUUUAUUUAUGUGCUGAAAACUCCCACAAACUGGCUCAUCAAAUACUUCAUCACAUUCUUAAAAUUGGCAUACUAAUUAUUGUAAUCAAUUAGUGAGAAAGGUGUAUAAGCCCAAUAUUGUAUCAUGAGGAUUCAUGUAAAUGUAUUAAGAGUGAAAACACAUAAUCACUGUGACAUAUCGUUGUGGUUAUACAUAACCUUGUUAUGCUGGAGACUGCCUGUUACGUGUACAUUUGUCUGUGAUAGAUUAUAUCGUACAAGUAUAUGUGAAUGCAUCGUCACUGAGUGUAGCUUAUGGGCUUAUAUUGAUGAAAUGACGAUGGCUGUUUCUCAUGUACAGAAAUAUGAAGACAUUAUUAGAUUUAUCACCAAAAGAUUAUGAAAAGAUGCAUGAAACAGUGUGAAGUUCCAUAUAUUGAUUAUCAUGUCUGCAUGCAAUUGUUACUCUGAAAUAUAUUAUUUUAUAUGAAGUAAUGCUGGCAUACUGUGUAGAGUAAUAAUAUUAAAUUAUAUAAGUGUCGUUUUUCAAUGUGAAAUCCAGUUGAUGACAAAGGAAGGUUGUUUAUAGUUAAAGCAUUAUUGGAUUCUUUUCAAGUUUGGAGUUGAAAUGAUGUAUAGUGAUGGGAGAAGUCUGUUUGCUGGUACUUAUUCAUUCAAAAUAUUUCUGUAUAUCUGUCGGCUUAUACAUAAAUAUAUAUAUAUUAAGAAAAGGAAACUGAAGUCUUAACACUUGGCAGUUAAAUCAAACUCUAAAUGGUUUAUAUAUUUUUUUGGAUAUGCUUUACUUCAGCAAACAUUAAGAGCAGAGGUCUGGAAGAAUAAAAUAUAU